CGCUGCAGGUUAAAGAGACAAAGCAUAGGUAAUGCUUCUGCAAUCUCCUCUCAGUGCCAGUUUCUCACCACCUACAAGCAAAAAAAAAAAAAAAAUGUGCUCUCUUCAGCCAAAGCAAAGGAGAGUGUAAGACCUUAAAUAUCCUAUCUAGAGGCUCGAUUCUGACGUUCUGGUCUGUGGGACAGUGCUAUCAGCAUCCUGGGCACAGGAGAAGCUACCGCAAAGCAAAUAGGAACGAGGAAAGAGCCAUGGAGACUGCAUGGAUGCAGAAACCGAGACAAAGGCAAGUCCUAGUUUUCUUUGUUUUGCUGAGUGUGUCUGAGGCAGGCACGGAGCUAGGUCCCUAUUCCAUAAAGGAAGAAAUGGAGAGGGGCUCCUUUGUGGCAAAUCUUGGGAAAGAUCUGGGAGUGGAGCUGGCAGGGAUAUCUACCCGCAGGGCUCGGAUCAUUUCCCAGGAAAAGAAAGAAAAUUUGCAGCUCAAUGUUCAAUCCGGAGAUUUGCUCAUAAAUGAGAAACUAGAUCGAGAGGAGCUGUGUGGCUCUGUCGAGCCUUGUGUUCUUCACUUCCAAGUGUUAAUGGAAAACCCUUUAGAGGUAUUUCAGGCUGAAUUGAGGGUGGAGGACAUAAAUGACCAUUCUCCAGUGUUCAAUGAAAAAGAAAUGAUACUGAGAAUACCAGAAAACAGUCCUCUGGGAAGUACAUUCCCUUUAAAUAAUGCUCUGGACUCAGACUUGGAAAUUAACAAUAUUCAGAGCUAUAAAGUCAGCUCAAACUCUCAUUUCCUGGUUGUAACCCGCAAUCGCAGUGAUGGCAGGAAGUACCCGGAGCUGGUGCUGGAGGGAGAGCUGGAUCGGGAGAAGGAGCCUGAGCUAAGGUUAACCCUCACAGCCUGGGAUGGUGGCUCUCCUCCCCGGUCUGGGAUGGCACGGGUUCUCAUUGAAGUAGUGGACACCAACGAUAAUGCACCCGAGUUUCAGCAGCCAACCUACCAAGUGCAAAUUCUGGAGAAUCUCCCAGCGGGGUCCCUGGUAAUCACAGUCUCAGCCAAUGACUUAGACAGCGGGGAUUAUGGGAAGGUAUUGUACGCACUCUCUCAGCCUUCGAAAGAUAUCAGCAAGACAUUAAAAGUGAAUCCAGUAACAGGGGAAAUUCGGCUACGAAAAGAGGUAGAUUUUGAAACAACUCCCUUUUAUGAAGUGGACAUUAAGGCCACGGAUGGAGGUGGUCUCUCAGGAAAAUGCACUCUGCUCCUGCAGGUGAGGGACGUGAACGACAACCCCCCAGAAGUGAGGCUAUCGGCACUUAGCAGCCAGGUUCUAGAAAACUCCCCGAAUGAGGUAGUUGCUGUGUUCAGUGUUAGAGAUCCUGACUCAGGGAACAAUGGGAAGGUGACUUCCUCCAUCCAGGAGGACCUUCCCUUUCUUCUAAAACUGUCAGGAAAGAACUUUUACACUUUAAUAACGAAGAUAGCACUAGAUAGGGAAGAAAGAGAACAGUAGAACAUCACCAUCACAGCCACCGACCUGGGCACACCCAGGCUCACAACCCAGCACACCAUAACAGUGCAGGUGUCUGACGUCAACGACAACGCCCCCGCCUUCACACAAACCUCCUACACCCUGUUUGUCCAGGAGAACAACAGCCCCGCCCUGCACAUAGGCACCAUCAGCGCCACAGACUCAGACUCGGGCUCCAAUGCCCGCAUCACCUACUCGCUGCUGCCAGCCCACGCCCCGCAGCUGGCCCUGGACUCGCUCAUCUCCAUCAAUGCCGACAACGGGCAGCUGUUCGCGCUCAGGGCGCUGGACUAUGAGGCCCUGCAGACCUUCGAGCUCCGCGUGGGCGCCACAGACCAAGGCUCGCCUGCUCUCAGCAGCCAGGCUCUGGUGCGCGUGCUUGUGCUGGACUCCAAUGACAAUGCGCCCUUCGUGCUCUACCCGCUGCAGAACGCAUCUGCGCCCUGCACAGAGCUGCUGCCCAGGGCGGCGGAGCCAGGAUACCUGGUCACCAAGGUGGUGGCAGUGGACAGCGACUCUGGCCAGAACUCCUGGCUGUCAUUCCAGCUGCUCAAGGCCACAGAGCCAGGGCUGUUCAGCGUGUGGGCUCACAAUGGCGAGGUGCGCACCUCCAGGCUGCUGAGUGAGCGCGAUGCUCCCAAGCACAGGCUGCUGCUGCUGGUCAAGGACAAUGGCGACCCUCCCAGGUCUGCCAGUGUCACUCUGCAUGUGCUGCUGGUGGAUGGCUUCUCUCAGCCCUACCUGCCUCUGCCCGAGGUGGCGCACGAAGGAACACAGGAGGAUGACUUGUUCACACUGUAUCUGGUCAUCGCCUUGGCGUCUGUGUCUUCGCUCUUCCUCUUGUCUAUGCUGCUGUUCGUGGGGGUGAGGCUGUGUAGGCAGGGCCGGGCGGCCUCUCUGGGUGGCUGCUCUGUGCCUGAGGGACACUUUCCUGGUCACCUGGUGGAUGUCAGCGGCGCGGGGACCCUGUCCCAGAGCUACCAGUAUGAGGUGUGUCUGAUGGGCGAUUCUUCUGGGACCAGCGAUUUUAAAUUCUUACAGCCAGUUCUCCCCAGCUCCCUGCCCCAGUGCUCUGGGAAAGAAACAGUGGAAAAUUCUACCCUCCAGAAUAGUUUGGGAUUUAAUCAUUAUUAGAUAGAUACGUAAUAGAUAUUUACUUUCCAACAUCAUCUUGUUGAUUAAAUUCUGUAUACUUGUUACUAACAAAAAGGUUUAGUUUUCCAUUUACUCAUCAGUUUUCAGGUUUAUGCUUAAUGUCACAGUGUUGGUUUCAUUCUUGUUCAUUGCCUAGAAUUUCUUCAUAGGAGCCCAGCAAUGAAAAGGCUUCAUCUACACAGUUAAAGUAGAUUGCUAAAACGUUUCCACCGCUUUGCUUUUGAUGACUUCGUUAGCUCUGCACACUUCACGUCAAUGUUCUGUUCCUAGACUUCUGGAAUUACCUAAGUAUUGCCCUGCAUGUUAUGUGCAUAUUUACUACCUGGUAUUUCUGUAUUCCUUUUCUAUGCUGGCUGUCUUGUUCAUUAGUCCCUGGUUUUUGUUUUAUACAAUAGUUGUCUUCUGCCAUGCUACUAUUUUAUAGUUCUAUUUUUCUUCGUUUCUAUAUCUCGAUUUGAAAUAUGUUUCUGUCAUAAGUAAUAGAAGUAUCCAUUCAAUCUGAAAACAAGCAUGUUGUAAGAUAUUGAGUUUAUGUGGAUGUACCUAAAUUUGAGGGCAUGGAGGCAAAUUUUGGCAUUCUAAGGCAUCAAAUAGGAGCAUUUAAUAAUUCGUCUUAAUUCUGCAUGGAAGCCUUAGAGAUAGACAUUGAGUUUCCAAUGGCUCACAAUCCAGUUGCUUUCUGUUGAAUAAACAGUGUAUAUAUAACACCAA